UCAUUUGGGCCAAAAAUUUGGGGAAACAUUUCGGAGGAGAUAGUCAGGAAAGAAAUGAAAGAACGCAUCGAUAUAUAGUAGUAUUGAUAGUAUAGUAGUCGGUAUAAACUUUUGAAAAAAGGAAGCGGAUGCACGCGAUUAGGGAUGAAUUCCCGAGGAUAUUCGGGGCAUCGAUCCUUGGACGCGCAAGCGCCGACCUUUACGAAUCUCACCUACUUCUAUCGGUCAUCGGUGAAUCCGUUCGUACAGCGAACCAAGUAACGCGGUCGUCUAUUUUCGUUUAUCCGGACAGAGCUACUUCACGCUGGUAGGACUGGUGCCAGUCGAGGUAAGGGAUCACUUCAUUCGCGAAACGAUCCAACUUCUAAUUCCACGAGGUGUUUGUAGUCAUCAGAUAGAAGAAUUCAGUCCGACGUUUGGGCCGCCUGCGAUAUAAGCGAACGUAAAGGAAAGUUCAAUGUCAGCCCUUCUAGAUGUAUGUGGAAAUGAUACCGGUUCGCCAUCGAUAUCGAAAGCUGAAGACAAUCUGUCCAAUAGUGACGGGCCUUUGAUUAAGGGUUUUAUUCGUCAAAAUAGUCGCAGUAGCGUACGUAUGAGGACAAUUGGUUCGUCGCACGGCAUGUCUUCAACGAGUGAAAAAAUCACGAAGAGACGUUACUGCUUGUGGACAUUGACUCUGAUCUUAGCAAUAAUUGGUGUCUGCAACCUUUUCUUGAAUAUCACUGUCAUCGCAGUUCUACGCAUCAGUCAAGGAAUGGAGGCUAUGGAAGUAAUUCCAGAUGAAAAUCUCGUCAAGUUCUACGGAAGAACUGAUUUGGACAAGGUAUCGUUACAAUCUGGUAUUUGUCAGAGUUAUGGCGAUGAAUCGAUGGAAAUAUCCGGCGAUGAGGCCGGCGUGCGCGUCGACGUAAAAAGUCGACGCACCCACGAACAUCCGCGGUCCAAAUUGGGUGUCCUACCGAACGGCACGACAAUGUCACAGGUGGAAUCAUUCGAAGUGAAGGAUCCGCGAACCGGUGUGACUUACUUUACCACCGAUUUUCCUAAUUUUGGCUUGCCGAGCGGCGUCAAAAAGAUCGACGUCAAAAUCGCAGAGACACAUCGAAUUACAUCGCCGGUUAACGAAAGCCUGACAAUUAACUCCGACAAUCAGAUCUCCUUGCACGGGGCGGAGGGUGUGCGGAUGGAAAGCAAAGACAUCGUCUGGAGCGCCGAUGUGGAUGUCUUUCUCAAGAGUGUCAACGGCAGCAUCAUGCUAGAUGCUAAGGACGGCGUUUCCAUAGACGUGGAGAACAUCCCUGUAGCGCCUAUGUUUCUGCAGAAUCCCGCUACGAGCCACGAACAAUACAAAGUCUGCGUGUGUAUGCCGCAAGGCAAGCUCUUCAAGGUACCCGUCCGGCCGGGCACUGGUUCCCGCAUGAUCAAUUGUGCACGAGUCGUUCGAACCCCGGAGAAUGAUCCUUGUCUGCAUUAGAUUGAUGAAAACUGAUGUUUCCUAUACGCGAGACUUUACUGUUACGGACUUAAAUGAUACUACGCAUCACUGCCAAAAAGAAAAGAUAAGAAAAGAAGGGAAAACAAAGAAACCGCACACCGUACACUUGAAGUGCGGACACUCGCAAUCUAAUAUACUUAUCGUUACUAGAGAGAACAUUAUAAAUAAUACUUUCUCGAGGUACAUGGAGAAAGUCGAUUUCCACAGAGUAUCGGUCACAUAUUAAUUUGUUAAUAUUUAAGAAAAGCAAACAUGUCUUUUGACGAAAAGAUAGUUUAUGUAAGUGUAGAGUUCUAUAUAAGAACCUGUGUAUCAAUUCAUAUAAAACAACUUUAUUUUACAAUUUCACUCUUCACUAAACCACUCGUGUAUGUCUCUAGUACUAUGUCUCUAGAGUAUCAUGUCCCCCUUAUCGGAAAAGAAUUAAAAAUUAUCGAGUUCAUUCUAAAAGGAAAGGGUGGCUAAUGAUGGCCUUCUUGCAUGUUUUCUGAAAAUAUUAAAAUGAAAUGCAAUCCAAAGAAUCUUUUUAAAUAAACACGUUUAAAGAUGCAAACUAAAAGAGAUAAUUAAUAUUACCGGUAAGCGCGCACGCGCUCUCAUAAGAGCGUUUUCUAGUAAUUCCUCAAUUAAAAUAAAUGUGAAAGCAUUCUUAGCAAAAGACAAAAAUGACUCAUAUGUCAGUCACGAUAGCUCAUGCUUUAGGUUUUCAUUUUUAUUCACUGUGUGCUUGCUCUUUGUAUGCUCUGUACUUUUAUCAAAUAUGAUUACAUUUUGACGUUUAAUACCAGCAGAUACUGAUAUACAAACAAGCACAAACUUAAUCUUACUUUAUUAGAGAGAAAAAAAACUUAAUUCGUGAUCAAAAGCGCCGAAUAUCCAACAUAUUUUACUUUGCUCAAAGAUUUUGAUUCUUAACGAAUAAUGUAUCUAUUUGCAUUCAUUCUAUGGUUAAUCUUUCUGUUCGUAUAAACAUCAAGGUACAUGUAAGACACUAUCUAACACAAUCGGUCUCUGAAUUUUCUCUUGUAUAUAAUAUAAAAAAGGACAAAACGCAAAGCGAAGCUGUUCGGAAGUUAAAUAACUUUGAUGCGAAGUCUCGUAUAAAUGGAAAAAAAAAGAAAAAGAAAAAAAAAUGUUUAGAAAUACGACAAGUUAUAAUCUUUGAUCUAUAUGGAGUAUAAUCUUUGGUCUAUAUGGAGUAUAUGGGGUAUAGACAAUCUAUCCUUUAUAUUUACGAAUAUGCAAGAUUUAUUACUAACAUAUAGCAAGUUUUAAAUAUCAUGUACGACGCAUCUUUAAUUUCACAUUCGAAUUAUAUACUGUGUCAACAUCAACAGCAUGCAAAUAUCUAGUACCAAAUUAGCCACGGCAACUUGUUUCCCAUUAAAUCUUAUGUGCAAAUAUUCAAUACAUUAUAUAUUUUCAAGAAAUAGCUGGAGAAUAAUACCCCGUUAUGAAAAACAGGAAAAUUUCCUCUUACUU